AUGCUGGGUACUGUUCUUCUUGCGUUGGUUGUGGGCGUUGCUUCUGCAAACAGUCCUGUUGUCCAACUUCGCAAUGGGUCAUAUUAUGGUACUCACAACGAAUUGUAUAACCAGGACUUGUUCCUCGGUAUGCCCUAUGCCCAACCUCCUCUGGACAAUCUCCGAUUCAGACACCCUCAACCUCUGAACGAAACUUGGUCCGACGUGCGGAAUGCAACAGACUACCAGUCCAAAUGCUACCAGUACGGGUAUCCCUCCGGUCCACUGUCAGGCGGCUCGGAUGAUUGUCUUCACCUUAAUGUCAUCCGUCCAGCAGGCGCUGAAGAGGCGAAACUUCCCGUUCUUGUGUGGAUCCAUGGUGGUGGUCUCGUUGGAGGUUACAGCGGUGAUCCUUAUUCCAACCUCAGCUGGAUCGUCGACGAAUCAGUCAAAAUGGGUUCGCCAAUUAUUGGUGUCUCGAUAAACUAUCGUCUUGGAGCAUGGGGAUAUCUAUGGAGCUCCGCUGUGGAAAAGGCAGGUCAAGGAAACAAUGGCUUUCGGGACCAGAGACUUGCUCUGCAGUGGAUCCAAGAGAACAUUGCUGCAUUCGGUGGCGACUCAGAAAAAGUAACCAUCUGGGGACAGAGUGGCGGAGCUCGUGGUGUUGCAUCUCAAUUAACUGCGUUUGGAGGCCGAGACGAUGGGUUGUUCAGAGCAGCUAUUCUCGAGAGUGCGACUGGAUUUCAUACCAACUUUCGGGAGGAAGAAGUCGACGAUGCUCCGAAUUGGGACAAGGGAUAUAAAUCACUUCUCAAAUCGACAGGCUGUGAUACUGUGAACGAUUCGUUGCAGUGUCUUCGAGAAGUACCAUCUUUGGAGCUCGCAGAGGUCAUCGGAAACGUCUCAUUCCCUGUCUAUCUCGAUAUUGUGGAUGGCGACUUUAUCCAAGACGACCGCUCAGAGCUAGUUCGACAGGAGAAGUUCGUUCAUGUACCGAUCAUUAACGGUGCGGCAACUGAUGAUGGUGAUUUCUUUGCUCAAAGAGGAAUCAACACGACACAAGAGUGGGAAGCGUACCUACGCAGAGAAGGAGCCAGCAACAAUACCAUCGAAGCUAUUUCUGCCCUGUACCCUGACAUUCCGCGCGUCGGCCUCCCUGCUACCUUCAAAGGACGCCCUUCAGGAGAGUUGGCUUCGUAUGGAGCCCAGUGGAAGCGCGCGGUUGCGUUCGGAGGCGAUAGAGCGAUGCAUGCACCAAGAAGAGCCUGGAACAGGAAAUGGGCUGAUACCAACCUUACGGCGUAUAGUUAUCGCUUCGAUGUUGUAUCAGGAGAUCGCAACCCAGUGCAAGGAGCUGGCCAUUCGGUUGAUUUGCCGUUUGUCUUUCGCAACACGGAGCGUUUAGCCCAGCUCAACGCUACGGAGCCCAGACCUGGCUCUUUUGAUGGGUUGUCGGUCUUGAUGUCGCGGAUGUGGAUUAGCUUUGCAAGUAAUCUGGACCCGAAUUUUGAUGGAAUGCAAAGCUCCGAGUGGCCAAAGUAUGGGCUUGAUGAAGGUAGUAAUAUGGUGUUCCAUAUCGACAACUCUUCGGUGGCGUACGUGGAAGAGGAUACUUACAGGACAGAGCAGCUGGAAUACUUGGAUCGCAAGUUGUGGAAGACUGGGCUGCAGUCGGGGAUGCCUAACAUAUAG